AUGUUAAGCUCCACCGCUUCUGAUAAUUUAGCCUGUACUGAUGAAGUCAAAGUUUAUGAAGAUGAAGGGGAAGAAGAAGAACAGCAGAAAUCCUCAGAAAACCUUACAGAAGAUAAAGUUAGGUUGGUUAUCGAGAGUGAAACUCAAAUACCAAAAAUAUUUGAUUUAUUUGGUAAAAAUGGUGGAGCCUCUUCAUUAUUCAAAAUGCCAUUUCCAACUGAUCCUCGUUUGGCCAGUUAUUUUCUACCUGGUUAUCCUGCUGCAAUCGCGGCUGCUAUGGCAGCUGUAAAUGCUGCCUCUUAUUCAUUAUCAUCUUCACCAUGUUUAACAACAUGUUCAUCAUCAACAUCAUCUUCGUUACCAUCCAUGACUAAACCAACUUCCUCAAUAUGGAAUAUGAAUCCUGCUGCUGUUGUCGCGGCUGCUGCUGCUGCGGGAACAGCAUCUUCUUUCUGGUCAACUGGUUGCAGUGGCAGUGGUGGUUCAUCCUCUACUUCUUCUGGUUAUGCAAGUUCUGAAGGUAGUGGAGGCAGUAAUGGUACUAAUGGUUCAAAUUGGUUGCAUCAUUCAGCAAUAUCACCAGGUAGUAGUAGUAGUAUAGGUGGGAGUGGCGGUAGUGGAGGUGGAAGCUAUGGCAGUGGUUUCAGUUUCUUACAAUAUCCUUAUCCUCGUCAGCAUAAUUUAUUUAAUCAGAAACAUUAUCUACGAACAUCAAAUGAUGACGAUUUAAUUUCAUGUAUAAGAAGAGAAUCACCAAGUUUUGAUCGAUCAGUAUAUUUUUCAAAUAACAAUAUUAAUAAUAAUAACACUAAUUUUUCAUAUGCAGAAAAUCAUCCUAUUGACUACAAUUUAUCUUGUCAAAUUUCGAGAUUUUCUAAUUUAUACAAUGAUCCUGUCAAGAAUUCAGCAAGUUUGACUACUCAGUUCCCAUCAUGUGUUCCUAAUCCGUUUGGAUUUAUACCAUUUUAUGAUUCAUUCAGAUGUGGUGCAGCUGCUGCUGCUGCGGCAGCGGCGGCGGCUGCAGCAGCAGCAGCAGCUUUUUCUCAAAAAUCUCCACAUGAAACAGCUGUUCAACAUGAUGGUGACAUUUUAAAGUUUGGUUCAAAAUAUCCAACAAACAGUCGAAAUCAUGCUAUGAUGGGUAAUUUUGAUAUAAGUUUGGAAAAUUGUAAAGACUAUAGGAAUUCAAUUGAUACCAGGAAUGAUCAUGCUUGUACUACCAAUAUUUCUGGCGUUUCUACUAAUUCUGUUAAUACCGUUACUUGUAUAAAUGAGAAUAAAUUCAAUAAAUUAUCAUUAUCAUCAUCUUUAUACACAAAUGCUUAUCAGACACAUCCUUUAUCAUCACAUAAUCAACAAUGUAUUCGUCACUCAAAAGAUUUAUCCUUUAAUAAUAUGAAUAUGUUAAAUUAUCCACGUGACAUGGAAUCAACAGUUGGACUUUCAGCACGAGAGCAUAGUCAGUCACCAUUGCCGACAUCUCGUUAUCAUUCGUUUGACAAUCCAAUCAAUUCACCUAAACUCUUUAAUACAUUGCACACUAGUCGUUUAUUAGAAGGAUAUGGGCAAAUAUCUUCAUCAUCAUCAUCAUCAUCACCACCACCACUAUCAUCAACGUCAACAUCACUAUCACUACCUAAUGGAUCUAUUCAACAUGAUUCAUCUCCUUCAACAUCGUCGAAUUUCUAUGCUGUUGCAGCUUGUGCAGCAGCAGCGGCAGUUGUAGCCGCAGCAGUAGCAUCUUGGAGUGGUACAAGUUCACCAAAAACAUCCAAUAAAUCUCAACAAUAUUUCACAUCCUCUAAUAGUCAUCAAAGUUCACCAUGUCCUUCUAUUAGUAAUAAUAAUAAUACAUUAUUUCCAUUAAGUCCAUCUGGAUCAAUUAAUAAAUCAGCUCUUUUCAAUCAUUUACAAUCGGUUAAAUCACCGAGUAGUAUUGGCGGUAUGGCACCAUCACCCAAAGCAAAUAGUAGCAAUUUGACUACUUCAUCGUUAUCUCCAGCUGGAUUAUAUCAUAGAUGUGAAAAUAAUAAUAAUAGUAAUAAUAAUAAUACGAAUAAUAAUAACAACUACAGUAGUAGUCGAGCGUCUACUUCAACUAACUCUACCGCUGCUAGUCCUUAUUCUCCUAGUAUGUUUGCUGCUGCCGCAGCCGCUGCACAUAUGCAGUUAUUAUCCGCAGCAGCAGCCGCUGCUACGUUCAAUUCAAAUUUGUCAUCAUCAUCGUCAUCGUCUUCAGUACAUACAGCUCCAUCAACUCCAUGUAUAACAACUUCAUUGAAUAAUGAAUUCACAUUUGAAGAUUCUAUCAGAGAAAUGAAAUCAGUAUCAACAUCUUCAUCAUCGUCAGUUAUUUCUUUAUCGGAUUUAUCACCAACUGUACAAUUCGGUUCUUUGUCGACAUCUUCGUUAUCAUCAAUUCAAAAUAGAGAUAAUAACAGUAAUAAUAAUAGUAAUGAUAAUAAUAAUAAUUCAGCAUCAAACAGUCUUUGGAGACGUCAGAAAACUGCAGCAGCGGUAGUAGCCGCUGUAGCUGCGAGUGCUAUGAUUGGUAAUUCAACAUCUUCAGAAUUAUCAUCUGUUUCUGCUGUUGCCAGAGGUGAUAAUGAUAGUCUUAGUGGUCGUAGUGGAUUAGGAAGAAGAAGAAGAAACACUAAUAUACAUAAUACAUUAGAUCGAACUAAUUCUCCUGGACCAUGGUCUAGUCGAAAUCAUCUGUUUAGUUCAAGAUCUCGUGAUCGUCGAAGUUUUGAUUUUGUAAAAGCCUUAACAAAAUCGGGAAUUGCUAACAUUCAUAAUAGUAAUAAUAGUAAUGGUGAUGUAAUAAUCAAUGAAGAAUCAUCUUUAGAUCAUUGUAAAGAAACUUUAAAGAGAAAAAUGACUACCAAUCUUAUAUCAUCAUCAUCAGCAGCUACAACAACAUCUUCAUGUUUAUCUAAAGGUAUACAUAUUAAAAAACCAUUAAAUGCAUUUAUGCUAUUUAUGAAAGAAAUGCGUUCACGUGUACAAGAAGAAUGUACCUUAAAAGAAUCUGCUGCAAUUAAUCAAGUAUUAGGUAAAAAAUGGCAUGAAUUAACAAGAGAAGAACAAACAAAAUAUUAUGAAAUGGCUAGACAUGAAAAAGAAUUACAUCAACAAUUAUAUCCAAAUUGGUCAGCACGUGAUAAUUAUGCAUAUCAUGCUAGACGUCGUAAACGUCGACGACAAUUAUUUCAUAAACAUGGUUUACAUAUUCGUGGAACACGUCAUAUGAAUAAAUCAAUAAUGAAUACACGUUCAUAUGAAAAAUCAUCAUCAUCAUCAUUAUUAUUAUUGAAUGAUUCAACUAUUAUGAUGGAUAAAUCUAAAGUAAACACUUCAUUGGAUAAAUGGAAUGGAUAUAAAUCAUUUCCAUUAGAUAUUGGUAAUAAUCAACAAAAACGUAAUUCAUGUAUUCCUGAUCAUUCUGUAAAUAAUAAAACUCAUUCAAAUGAUUCAUUAUCUUCAAUGAUAAUAAAUGGUUCAAAAAUACAAACUGAUCAUUUAUCAGAUGAUAUUGUUAAUCGUCAUCAUCAACGCCAUCAUCAUCAUAGUAGUAGUAGUGGUAGUAAAUGCUCUUCUCCACAUCUUCCUUCAUCUAUACAUCCUGUUACUACUAUUUCAGAAUUCUCAUCUAAUCGUCAACAAAGCCCUUUAACAUCAAAUUCACCAUUGUGUAGAAAACAAAAUCAAUCGUUUACAGCACCAUCCAUCUCAUCACCGUCAUCAUUAUCAUCAUCGUUGGUGUCCACCACCACCACCACCUCAUCAUCAUCUUCUUUGUCAUCAUCAUUAACAUUAUCUAAACAAAUCACUUCUAAUCUCAGUAAACUAGAUCCUAUUACAACUAUAAAGGAAGAAGAUGGUUGUAAUUUCUUAGGUGAAGUAAGACAGCAUGUAAAAUCAAUGAAUGUAAAUUCUAUCGAUUAUAAAACAUUUAUGAAUAGUGUUGAUGAUGAAAAUAAUAAUAAUAAUAUUGUUAAGAAUGAUCGAUAUGUUGCUGAAUACUUUAUAAAAAAUGAUUACAAUGAAUCCAAGGUAACAAUGAAUAAUAUCGGUCAUCAAUAUCGUUCCAAUAUUGAUUUAGGUUAUUGUUUAUUUCCUCAUGUCCCUACCGUUAAUAUGAAUAAUGGUAAUAAUGAAUCAGAUAAAUUUCAAACUAUACGUGAUUUCAAUAGGAAAUCUAAACUUAACUUAAAUUCAAAUAGGAAUACAGCUUUAACUGCUAAUAUUGUAGCUACACCUAACAUCAAUACUACAUCUUCUAUUUCAUCAACUACAUUCUGUAAUCGAGAUCGUGAAUUAAAUAAAUUAUACAAUGAAUCUAUGAAUUUAAUCCCAAAUGAAUAUGCUUAUCAUACUAAUAACAAUAAUAAUAAUCAUGAUGUAUCAAAUUUAUUUCAUCAUUCCACAGGUUAUCCAUUUUUACAUUCUGAUAUAAAUGUUAAACGUGACACAUCAUCUGCAUUCUAUCCUUCUUCUCUGUCAUCCGCAUUGAAUGAUAACAAAUCAAUACAUUCUAAAGAUCAUUCAUUUUUAUCCCCUAGAUUCAACGGGAUGAUUAAUUUAUCAUCAUCGUCAUCAUCAGUAGACAAUGAAAAUAGACAUCCAUCACAUUCAAUAACACCGAUUGGUUAUCAGUCCGGUUAUAGAUAUUCUUCUCAUUUAGAUCAUUUAUCCUAUUCAUCAAUGUCUUCUAAUCACUUUCCAACUUUUCCUGGUUCAUUACCUUCACAUUUGAUGUCUACUUUCGGUCUUAACGGUGGUGGUGGUGUUGGUGGUGGUAAUAAGCAUCAUAAUUCUUCAAGAUGUAUGACUGAUCUAUUACCAUCAUCAUCGACAUCAGAUAGUCAUGUCAAAACAAUUACAAAAAAUAAUCAUUCAUCUCAUUCAGCCGUGUCAACUACUGUGGCGGCGGUAGCUGCUGCUGCAGCAGCGGUAGCUAUGACUGCAAGUGAACUGUCCGGUGGGAAUUUGAAAAAAUGUCGUGCUAGAUUUGGUUUGGAACAUCAGAAUAUGUGGUGUAAACCGUGUCGUCGUAAAAAGAAGUGUAUACGUUUUAUUUCGGAAGCGGAACCAGAAGAAUUUUCUAAUGGAACAACAACAUCACAACAACCACAAACAGGAACUCAUCAUUCAUCAACUCAUCAUCUUGCUAGGCAAAGAUUAGCUAAUUUUAUAGAUCCAUUUAUACGUCCUGCGCAUUCAUCUCAGUCAAAUAUUUCUAGCCAAUCAUCGAAAUUUCACACAUUUCCUUCAAGUUUCUUGUGUUCAUCAAUAAAUUUUAAUAAUAAUGUAACAAAUGAACAUACAUUCACAUCAUCAUCAUUAGCUGAUUUCAGUUUACGCUUAAACCAACCACAUCAUACAAUUCCAGGCUGUUAUACCGGUAAAUCUUCAGCAUUUAUAAGUCCUUCACUUUCAUCUCGUUCAAAUCAUCCAAUGUUAGAUCUAGCAACAUCACCAUUUCCAUUGAAAAAUUCAUAUCAUCAUUUGAAUAAUUCAACAAGUGAAGAGUUAAAUUUUAAGCUAACAUCAUCAUCAUCAUCAUCAUCACGAACACCAUCAUCGUUAUCAUCGUCAUCAUCAUCAUCAGUGUUGUUUUCACCAUCUCGAUUAAAUUCACAUACCAUUGGUCAAUGUUUAUCCAAUUGUAAUGAUUCUAGACUACCGACUACCGCUAACAACAAUACCGAAUUUGCUUUUAAUAAACCGAAUUCUGUUGACAUGUGGAAUAAUAAUAUUACUACUAAUAAUAAUGGUAUGAAUACAUUUUAUCCUAAUUGGUCUCAUGAUUCAUCAGCUUUUAAAUUAUCCACAACAUCAUCAUGUGUUGAUGUUUCAACAAUCAGUAUGACAAUAUCAUCAUCAGUAUGUUCCCAGUUGAAUACACACAAUUUAAUGGAUUCCACUAGUCGAUCAAAUAGUCAUAAUCGGUUACGUGAAUCAAAUCAAUCUGACAAAUGUAAUAUCAAUACUAGUACUACUAAUACUACCACUACUACUACUACUACUACUACUACUACUACUACUACUACUACUACUACUACUACUACUAUCACAGGUGAUAGAAAUCAUUUUAAUUCAAACCAAUCUAAAUUAUCAUCCAAUGAAGCUAAUCGGUUCGUUAAUCAAUCAUUGUCAUCACUAACAGACAAUUCAGUUGCUUCAAAAAGAAACCCGACCAAUUUACAAAAUGAUUCAAAUUGUUCAAUGCCUUAUUCUAAUGUAGUGUCAUUUGCCCUCUGCUCCUCUCUUACCUCUUCAAAUGUAGAAAUAUCCAAUACAAAGCCAAUUAAUAUGAAUUCGUUUAUUGAUACUCAUUCAUUGGAAUGUUCUUCCUCUUCUUCUUCUUCUUCCUCGUCGUCGUCAUUGUCCAACACAUUACCAUCUACAGUAUUAUUAUUAUCGUCACCAAUAAAAACUAUAUCCGAUGAAUAUUCAGAAAGAAAUCCCAAUGACCCACCGCCAUCUAAACGAAUUUGUUGUAAUUCACCAGCGUCUUUAUUAAAAUCAUCUAAUAUUGAAUCUGUAGUGUGUUGUAUGUCAAGUCCACUUGUUUCUAUGAAUAAUGAUGUAACCAAUUUCACUAAUAUAAAUAAUUUAGACAGUUCUGUAUUGCAAGAUCAUUUAGCUGUAUCCAAUUCUACUACUACUAAUACGACUACUACUACUACUGCCGUUACUACUGUUAAAACUACCACCACAACAAGUUGUAAAUAUACAGAAUCGGUUCGAUUCGGUGUAGCUGAUUUCAUGGGACUAAAUGAUGAUAAUAAUAAUCAUAAUAAUGAUAAUGUUGAUAUUAUUUCAGUUGUGGAUAAUAUCGAUCAUGAUUGCCUUUAG